GAGCAGCAGAUGUGUGUGUGGAGUUAUGGCUCUGUUCAUGAACUCGGAUUUCUCUUUACUCAAGCAGAACCAGCAGAAAGAGCUGGUGGAUUUCAAGGCAUUAUUUGGAGAACAGGAGCACUGUAAAGAUGCCCGCAGUGAGAGCGCCGUAUCCUCUCCGGAGCCGGACAGAGCCGCCGGUUUGACGGAGGGUCAGAGGAAAAGGAAGAGGACCAUCUUCAGCCGUGCCCAGCUGUCUGAGCUGGAGCAGGCCUUCGCCGUGACCCCGUACCCGGACAUCACCCUGAGGGAGAGGCUGGCCGCGCACACACACCUGCCUGAGAGCAAGAUACAGGUGUGGUUUCAGAACAGAAGAGCUAGAAGCAUUAAGACUGGUAGACUCUCCAAGCCCACCAAGUCUGUCCUGGGAGGUAGAGGUUUUGUGGACCCCUCCACCGGCCCCGUGACUUCUACGUACCCAAAUACUCUGGCUGACAUAUUCAGGCCGGAGCAGAACCACAACUGUGAGGAUGUACCGCAAAUUUACUCAGACUGGAUGCAACUCUACAGUAACCCCAUAUCAUCGCCACCAUCUUCCUCAUCCCUCCAUCAGCAGCCCACUCGUAGCUGCUCCAAACCCUCAGACUCUCGCCUCUGGGAAGAAGAGUACCACGGGCAGCAGCAACAGCACUUGGGACCCUCGCUCUCUGGUUUCAUUCCUGGUUCAUAUCCUCAGUCCAUCACCAGGCAGACUCACCACCCUUCCUCUACAUGCUCCUACCAGGCCUUCAGGAGCUUCAAGCCCCGGAGCUUGGCGUCAUCUGGACCUCGUCAGGCUAUGUACGGGGGUGGCACUGGAGGUGGAGCUCAUGCCUCAGUAGACCAGAUAGUCCAUUCCCACCCUCAGCCGGUGUACUGGGAGGUCUCGCAAGGUCAGGGACAGCACCACCACCAUCAUCAUCACCCACAACUGGGACCACAGACCUCUAUGGGAUAUAUCUCAGACCUGAUCUAUAACGCUGCCAUUGUUACCAAUUUUCUAGAAUUCUGAUAACUGUCUAAAUCUGUCCCAUGUGUUACCACAGCUCAUGUAUUUCAGACAUGCCUGUAAUGUUCAAAAGUAGAGUAGAAUUGUUAUAAUGCUCGUUUAUCCUAUUUUAUGUUUUGAAUAAUGUCUUGUAUAUUUGGGGGAAUAAACUGAGGUAUUUGAUCACAGUUUUGAACCAGACCUUUACUGUUAUUUGUUGAAAUGUACAAACAUGAUUUUGUGAA